AGACACUGCCGCAUUCCUUCGUCAAACCGAUUUGCGCCACUGUGUCCUUUUAAAUAAAUUGUCAAAUGUUGAGAAAUUGUGCGAAAGCCGUGUCAGAAUCGUGGGUGAAUUGGUGUCUGGUGUUUGGUGCCCCCCUUGCAAGGUCAUGAAGCCAUGGAGGGGUCGGUUUUGAGCCCCAGCGCCAGGUGUUAAAAUCCAUUUCAAGUAUGAAAGGAGGUUAGGAAUGCGGGCAAUCGCCCAAGCAAAUCCCGCACAACAUGUGAUGCUCCGUCCAGAGACAUGGCAGAAUUUUUGCCAUUAUGCGACCUCCUCUUCAACGUAGUCUCCCUCGCUGCCUAUUUCUGUGAUCUAGUAUUUGAUAUUCUCAUGGUGUAUGCGUUGUACGAACGCGGCUUGGUCCUCCUCUUCGCCCAGUGCCUGGGGGCUAUCGUCCUGGCCACCCUUGUCACGCAAAUCCUCUCCUUGCACUGGUACUUAGUCAAAAAACCGUCGGGUUUCUCGAAGGUUUUAGUAAUCGGGUUGCACGUCAUGCAGUUGGGGGUGUUGUGGCGCUACGGCCGUCUUCUAGUACCUGUUCAUUUAUCUAGUGUAAAGCGCGAAGUCCGCGACUUGUGUAUAUUGCGGCUAGUUCACGGGUUUUUGCAAGCGGCCCCCAUGCUGCUCCUUCAGCUGAGUCUCUUGCCAGGCACUGGGCAGGGGCCCCCUGCCAAUCUGGUCACAGUUUCGGCCGCCUUGUCCCUAUUCUCCGUUUGCUGGGCUUUAGCCUCGUUCAGCAAGCACGUACAAAGUGUCGAUAGGUUAGUCUUGACCUGGCUGGGGGUUGUUUCACAGUUGUUGUGGCGGGCGGGGACUGUCACAGCACGUGCCUUGGCCCUCUCUGCCUACGCUGCCAGCUACCAUUCCUGGGUCUUCCUGGUUUUGGCCCUACAUUGGGCUUGCAUGUUCCUCUGGUUGUUGUCCCCCAGGAGCCCCUUUCACGGGCAAAGGGGGCGCAAGCUGGGCGUGUGCGCCCUGAUGGCCGCCAUCUACAUCCUGGCCUACGUCAAUUUACAAGAGAAGCCCCACAGCCGAACCAUGACCAUUUUCUACGUGGUCAUGCUUCUCGAAAAUUGUCUCUUAGUGGGGGCUUGGCUGUCCGCAGUGUGGCUUGUCCGUCCGAUUCAUUGGGAAUUAAUCCCGAUUCUGACAAUUGCCCUUUUCGUAAUUGGGAUUAUGUUCAUGCUUUUGUACUACAAAUAUUUCCACGUGCGCCGCCUUUUGGAGAAACCGGCUGCGCCCCCUGGCGUCUUCAACUGCCGGUUCAGCAGCCCCUCAGCUGCGGCCCUCUACCGCAAGAAAAAGAAACCGACUAGUUUCGUGCCCCCGCCUGGACUGGCCAAAAGCCCCAGUUUAGCCACAGUGGCUGUGCCCUUCUGGCGGCGCCCCCUUCCCUCCUCGAGUGAAAACGAGGGGAGCAGUGUGGGGUCACGUGUCAACAUCCACCAAAAACUGCAAGAGAAGAAGCAGAAGCAGUUGGCGGAACUGAAAAUUAUUGAGGAGGAGAUCAAGCAAGGGAAGUUGGUGGGGCCCGAGGGGGCCGAUUUGGACGAUAGACAGCCGAUUCCGAGGGCGAAGCGACACGUGGAGCCCCAUUUGUUGAGUCUAGCCUCGUUGAAUAAUUUGGCGAGUUAUGGGGUGAAUUUGAAUAGGAGGCCGCCUCCAAGGGCCCCCAGGAGUCGGACUCCGGAAUUGUUGUUAGCACCGAGGUAUUUGUACUGUGAGUGUAUUGUUCCGGAACCGGAAGCUGUGGAAUUGCCGGGACCGCACGCUCCGAGUGAUUUGGAAAGUCAGGUGUCUUUGCCCAGGUCGUAUACGCUUCCAAGGGAGUUUAAGUACUACAGGAGGCAAAGGGCCGGAAGGCCCAUUCAGACUGUGGCGUCCACGAACAGUAGUGACGGGGACGUGGAUUCGGCCGAUGAUGAGUCCGAUUGUAACCCACCACCGGCCAUUGUGAGGCAUUUAAGGAGGCCGUUCAGGCAUGAGACCAAGCUUUGAUUGUAUAUUUUUAUAGGUUUUACGAUUUUUAUAGCUACUUUUACAAAGUUAUGUCUAAGGUUUUGUAUUAAAUUAUAUUUUUAUAUUGUAAUAUUUAUUAUUGUACAUCAUUUUACAAGUAUAUAUUUUUUCCUAAAA